UUCUCUUUUUGGGGAAAAAAGUCGAACUUACAAAGAAAAAUGUGGUAUGUUUUCCCAUUGAAAAUCAAGACUCCCCUUUUAUAGUCAACGAUGUCUGUCUGUUUCUCCAUACGACUUCUAUUUCUUGUUUGGUUUCUGAGCUAUUAGCACAUCAGUGUAAUCAAUGGGGAAUUGCUUCGGAUGGAAGGCUGCUGACGCUAACACUGGCACCACAGUUCCCCAGAGCUCUUCAUGCUGGCCUUUCGCUCCAGGGGCAUUGACAAGCUGCAGUGUAGGCUCUACUGCAUUUUGGGCAAUGAGCAGAAUUGCUGGCUAUAUAAGGCUUUCAGCAGCAGAGAGUGAAGACACAAAUAAUGCCAGUGGAGAGAUUUUGCCUAAACCAAAUUUGAAGGUUUACAGUUUGGCUGAUUUGAAAGUGGCCACUGGGAAUUUCAAGUCUGACGUGGUCCUGGGGAUAGGAGGUUUUGGGACAGUGUUCAAAGGAUGGGUUGAUGAAAACACACUUGCACCAUCUAAACUUGGCACUGGAAUGGUUGUUGCUAUCAAAAAAUUGAACCCUCAAAGUACACAAGGAUUUGAGGAGUGGCAGUCAGAAGUGAGCUUCUUAGGGAUGCUUUCACAUCCUAACCUGGUUAAGCUAAUAGGGUACUGUUGGGAAGAUAAUGAACUGCUACUUGUCUAUGAAUAUAUGCAGAAAGGGAGCUUAGAAAACCACCUUUUCAGAAGAGUUGGAGCUACUGAAGCACUCUCCUGGGAUUUGCGGCUAAAUAUUGCCAUAGGAGCAGCCCGUGGCCUAGCUUUUCUGCAUACCUCAGAAACGAAAGUCAUAUACAGGGAUUUCAAGGCCUCCAACAUUCUUCUCGAUGAGAAUUACAAUGCAAAAAUAUCAGAUUUUGGGUUAGCUAAACUAGGGCCGCCGGGUGAAAAUUCUCACGUUACAACUCGAGUAUUGGGUACACACGGUUAUGCUGCACCUGAAUAUGUUGAAACGGGUCAUCUAUAUGUGAAGAGCGAUGUGUAUUGCUUUGGCGUUGUCUUGCUCGAGAUCAUGACAGGGUUACGAGCAUUGGACCCUAAGCGACCGAGCGGGCAGCAGAGGCUGGUGGAUUGGGUAAAGCCCAUGCUUUCUCAAGAAAUGAAGGUGAAAUCCAUAAUGGAUGUUCGGAUGGAAGGGCAGUAUUCUUCAGAAGCAGCUUUGAAGGCUGCUCAACUUACUCUUAGAUGCCUACGAUCUCUACCUCAGAUGCGGCCUUCAAUGGAAGAAGUGGUGGAGAGUUUGAAGGAGAUUGAAGCUAUCAAGGGGAAACCAAGAGCCAAGAAACAUGGCAAAUCCGCCAAGAAAUGGAAAAAGUAUGUACGGAUUAACUAAGGACUUGUGUUUGAAAAUGCUCCAUCAAAUCCUUUAAACUCGCAAAAAUAUUCAAUUGAUUGAGUUAUAAUGCAACUGUUUAGCCAGUUACUCCUUA